AUCUAGAUCACUAAAGUGAUGCUACUAAAAGGUUGGCGUUGCGUGGAGUGCAUUGUCUGCGAAGUGUGUGGCAAGGCCACAGAUCCCUCUCGCUUGCUUCUGUGUGAUGACUGCGACAUCAGUUACCACACUUACUGCCUCGACCCACCUCUUCACACUGUGCCCAAGGGUGGCUGGAAAUGCAAAUGGUGUGUUUGCUGCAUGCAGUGUGGAUCUAUUAGCCCUGGCUUUCAUGCAGAUUGGCAGAAUAACUAUACACACUGUGCACCAUGUGCUAGUUUGGUUAGAUGUCCAGUUUGCCAUCUCAACUACUUAGAAGGUGAUCUCCUG